GAUUUUGCAUUUCCGGGGGAGACACCUGUAUGUAAACAAUACAGAUCUCUCCCGUCAGCUCCUGCACACUGCUUUGUAUGGCUUUGCAUAGCACAGCCAUACAAAGCAGUGUGCUUAGUGAAGCACACACACAGCCCCCAUAGUGAAACAGCACACAGUUAACCCUUUGAUCACCCCUCAUAUUAAAACCCUUCCUGCCCAGCGCCAUUAGUACAAUGUCAGUGCUGUUUAUUAGCACUGAUCACUGUAUUGGUGUCACUGUGGAUGUCAGUGACACCAAGUCAGUUCCCAUAGAGGUGAGAAAUGCCUGCCGCAGUCCCGCUAUAA